AUGGCAUGUCGCUGGCGGCAUUGGCGAGCGAGACGGUUUCCCAUCCUCCUCAAUGUCGCUGCCCGUUUCCAAGAUCCAGAGAAGGGCACCGUCCAGCCGGCCCCCGGCCCCCGCUCCCCGCCGCUGGCGCCAUUCCCCACCGGCGCCCUUCCCCGCCGCCCCCCGGAUUCCGCCCCCGGCGCCCGGUCCCGCCGGCCCCCGGCUCCCGGCCCCCGCCGCCGGCGCUCCCCGCGUUCGACACCAAGCGCGCUGCGCUGGUGGUGCCAGCCGUCGGGAUCCCAGGGAGGUAUGCUCGUCUUCGUCUCCGGCUCCAUCCGCACCAGCCCCGAGGAGCACCCCAUCAAGUUCUCCCAGCUUGAUGAUGGCUUGGAGUUUUCCUUCACUGAUAAAAGGCGCUUUGCAAGAGUUCGUUUGAUUGAAGAUCCAGAAAAUGUACCCCCAAUUUCUGAGCUAGGUCCAGAUGCUCUCUUUGAGCCAAUGUCUGUUGACAAUUUUUUGGACUCCUUGGGUAGAAAGAAGAUUGGAAUAAAAGCUCUUUUACUUGAUCAGGUUGGAUUGGAUGACCUGUAGUUGAAUGACAACCAAAUACCAUUCUAGCUGGGACAGAGGCUGCUUUGGUUGGUUCGUGUGAGAUGUUGAUGACAAUAUAUCUUGAGCAAAAUCCCUGUGCAAGUAUUUCAUAACUUAUACAUGUAAUCCUUCAGUGUUUCUAUGUAGAUCAGAAAAAGAUAUUCACAUGCAUUAUUUAAUAUAAUUUUUUAAUUUAACCUGCAGGAUCAUGGAAUCAUGUCAAGAAAAUUUGCUGAAUGAAGAAAUGAAGUUUCAGAAUUGAAGUGCAAGUGUCUGCAUGCGCAAAGCUUUUUAAAUAGAAUUGAUCCCUAUGUAUAAGAAAUAAAGGAAUAUGUAAUAUCUACAUUGUGUAUAUGGAUGAUUGACUCUAUUUGCUCUAAUAUUAAAUGAACACAUUUCAUGUGGUUUUCGACCUGCUA